CUGGGGACAGAUCACGGGUACCAAACAGCUGGGUUCCUCGACCAAACCGGGGAAGGGGGAAACCCUACAGCCCGGGGCAGCGAUUGGGGACCGGCGGGUCUGCAGCACGCGAGGCGUCGACGCCGUUGAGCUCGAGGCGGCCGGCUCGCGGCCCCGCCGCCACGGCUUCGCCUGAUUCCUGCGUGCUCGGCGCGGGAGGGUUAAAUGGCAAACAGAGCAAGAUGGAUGAUGAAGUAUGAAAAGGGCCUUGUUGAUAUACUUCAUGAGAACAAUACCUCACUUUAUCGUACCCCAACUGGAUGGAAAACAGAGGGGUGGAGGAAAAUUGUUAGGGAUUUCAACAUGAGGUACCCAGAAGCAAAGUUUAGUAAAAUGCAAAUCCAGGAACACGAGACUCAAUUGAAGAAAGACUAUAAAUUAAUAAAAUUGAUCCUCCAGCGAGAUGGUGUUUCAUGGGACCAGAGUGCAUCCAUGAUUAGAGCGACAGAUGAAAUCUGGGAUGAGAUAGUCGAGGAUAUGCCGAAGGCACGGAAGUACCAAAAUAAGAGCUUUCAAAUGCAUGACUCGCUGGGGCUGUUAUUUGAUGGCCCUAUUCCUGAAGGAGGACAGAAUUCACCACAGAAUAUUGUUGGAAAUGUUGAUGAGGGAGGCAACAACAUGAGCAUGACCCCAGACAUGUCUGGAAGACCUAGUGGAACGAUCAUUGCAAACAUUGACGAGACAUGGAAAAAUGUCAGCCUACUUCAACAAACGUCGUUAGGACCACAAGGUAUAGAUGAUCUUGAUGUUCUGCAUAACCACACUGAGGAGGUACUGGGACGACAACAACAUGGUGCAGACGGAAGGGCACAGAGAGCUGAUGAACAGGCACAUUCAAGUUCUUGCGUGGAGCCACAUAGAGACAGGCGCAAGAAGCGCAAGGCUACAGACAUCCAGCAGAUCAUGGAGGCCUAUCUAAACUUCAGGAUGAAGCAAGCUCGCGUGAAAGAACAGAAAGCAAAUGAAGCAGAUCAGUUCACCAUCUCAAACUGCAUCAAGGCAAUGAACACCAUGUCUGAUGUGUCUGAUGAGAUCAAGAUCCUAGCCUCUGAUGUUUUCAAAGAUGCCGAGAACCGUGAGAUCUUUCUGUCCUACGAACCCAGGCUGCGUACCUUGUGGCUGAAGAGGGAAGUUGGCAAGCAACUCACAUCGGCUUAUUGAUGUGUUCGUUCUUUGUAGGUGUUUUGAAGUGGCAACUUUUGCUGUUCUUUUUUAGUUUGUUAUCUGUGUAUCAGCUUAAAGUUGAUUCUGGAGGCAGAUGCAAAUCUAUUAGCAACUUUAACGUGUUCCAUGUACAGUCUCACUACGCUUCCAGAAAUGUAGUUAUUCAUGAUCAGUAGUGUGCUUA